AUGGAUAAGCCACAAAUAAUUGCUCAUGUGCAAAAGUCAUUGAAUUACACACUUUUUGAUGCAAAAUGGAUUCCUUGCUCAGCAAAAUUUGUUGUUCUUGGUAACUAUGCACGCGGUACCGGGGCUCUUCAAAUUUAUGAAAUAUCUCAUGGCGAUGUGAAGUUGGUUCAUGAAGCUGAGAAACCUAAAGAAUUUAAAUGUGGAACAUUUGCUGCAUCCUCAUUGGAGCAACGGCAUUUUGCUACAGGAAAUUUUGAAGGGAAAUUACAAAUUUGGGAUCUUGAAAAGACACGUGAUCCUGUUUAUUCUGUGAAAGCGCAUAAAGAAAUCAUUAAUUCCAUAGAUGGUGUUGGAGGUCUUGGAAUUGGAGAAGGAGCGCCAGAAAUUGUGACUGGAAGUAGAGAUGGAAGUGUAAAAGUUUGGGACCCACGACAAAAAGACAAACCAGUUGCUGUAAUGGAGGCCAAAAAAGAAGACACACGUAGAGAUUGUUGGGCUGUCGCCUUUGGUAAUUCUUACAAUACUGAAGAACGUUGUGUGUGUUCAGGUUAUGACAAUGGGGACGUGAAAUUAUUUGAUCUGAAAACAAUGUCUCUACGUUGGGAGACAAAUAUAAAAAAUGGAGUUUGUUUUCUCGAAUUUGAUAGAAAAGAUAUCAAUAUGAACAAACUUGUUGCAACUUCUCUGGAAUCUAAAUUCCAUGUGUUUGACUUACGUACACAGCAUCCCACAAAAGGAUUUGCUUCUGUUAGCGAACGGACCCACAACGCUACAAUCUGGUCUGUGCGCCAUCUUCCACAAAACAGAGAUAUCUUCAUGACAAUGGGAGGAAAUGGCUCUUUAAAUCUGUGGAAAUAUAAUUAUCCUGCAAAACGAGUAAGCACUGACUCGGAUGGCAAGCAGAUGGGAGUGGCUGGCACUUUAGAUUUACUGCAAAAUGUUACUCUCUCAACUCAGCCAAUCAACAGUUUUGACUGGAAUCCUGAUAAAGCAGGAUUGGGUGUGUGCACAGCCUUUGACCAAACAUUACGGGUUCUAAUUGUUACAAAACUCAAUAGAUUGUAA